GCGAAGUUCCGCAUCUCCCUCGGUCUCCCGGUGGGAGCUGUGAUCAACUGCGCGGACAACACGGGUGCCAUGAACCUGUACAUCAUCUCGGUGAAUGGGAUCAAGGGUCGCGUGAACAGGCUGCCGGCGGCUGGCGUGGGCGACAUGGUGAUGGCUACCGUCAAGAAGGGCAAGCCGGAGCUGAGGAAGAAGGUCCACCCAGCAGUGGUCAUUCGGCAGCGGAAAUCGUACAGGAGAAAAGAUGGGGUGUUCCUCUAUUUUGAAGACAACGCAGGAGUGAUAGUAAAUAAUAAAGGUGAAAUGAAAGGCUCUGCAAUCACAGGCCCUGUGGCUAAGGAGUGUGCAGAUCUGUGGCCCAGGAUAGCCUCCAAUGCAGGAAGCAUUGCAUAAACGCGUUCAUCUUCGUAGAGAUAAAAUAAAAGUCCUUGUACCA